GAGUGCCGGGCAGCGGCGGCAUGGGGACACUGCGGGGCGGCGGCGGCGUGGCCCGAGGGUUCCUUGCCCUGCUCCUCGUGGCUCUCCUAGUUAUUGAAACACAGUGCAAAAAUGAUACUGGAAUCAUUUCCAGGAGGGAAGUUAACUGCAGGGAGGAUGAAUACAGUUUAGAUAGUCAGUGUUGCAAGAAAUGUGGAAGGGGUUUUGUUAAAAACGUCUCCUGCCCAACAGAUGUUACCAAACACUGUGCUCCAUGUCAGAAAGGAAAGGAAUUCAUGGAUCACCUCAAUGACUUAGACAAGUGUUGGAGAUGCAAAUGGUGUGACAGCCACUUUGGGCUGGAGGUUGUGAAGAACUGUACCCCAGAAAAGGACACGCAGUGUGCCUGUGCAAAGAACCAUUUCUGCAGUUCUACAGGAUGUGACACUUGCACUCCAUGUACCAUAUGUGAAAGUGGUGUAAUUAAAGAGCAAUGUACUGCAGCUUCAGACACUGUGUGCGGAACCAAAGCAAAGCUGGCGUUGAUCAUUGCUGGGGUACUACUACUACUACUAUCAAUAAUAGCUGGAGCAAUUGGAGUGAUAGUCUGGUACAAGAGAAGAAAAAAGAAGGCUCUUAAAAUCAAUGACCCAGGUAAUGGAGUUUACAAAGAAGAGCAUGUGGAUAUACCUCUUAUAGUUGAAGAUGUUGACCUGUACAAAUACAUUCCUGGUAUUGUGGCAGAGAUGACACUCACAGAAGUCAAGACAUUUGUUCGUCACCGUGGUGUAUCAGAACCUGCCAUAGACCAAAGCAUGCACGAUUUUCCUGGUGAUACAUCUGAACAGAAGAUUAGGCUGUUACAAGUCUGGUAUCAAAGUCAUGGGAUGAAGGGAGCCUAUGAAACCCUAAUAAGGAGCCUGAGAGAGUUAAAAAUGUGUGCUGUAGCUGAUAAAACUGAGAAAAAACUGAAGGCAGCUAUUUCCAGCUCUCAGGAAGGGGGACAGUCUUGUAAUCCUGACACUGAGCAAAGUACUCAGGAGAGUGGAAACUCUUACAGUGAGAGUGCUGAGCAAAGUAAAGCCUCUACUGCUAGUUUGGAAGAGACCUUGCACAGAGUAACUUGAAAUUUAUUUCUGAAUGAGUAUUUCUCUAAUAUAAAUAGCAAAGUUUUAAAAUGACAUUUUCAUUGGCAGUUCUGAUCGAACUCAAGUAAGUUAUUACAUGUAAAAGGAAUAAUUGCAAAUUUUGCAGCAAUAUCUUUCCUUUAAAAAAAGUUCUAGCCUUUUUUCAUUGUUAAGGACUUGAAGUUUUAUGACUUGUUUACUAAAAGGUGCAAUAUAAGACUCCAGUAUAGGAGUCAUUACAAGAGGAAAGAAGUUAUAAUUUGAAGAAAAGGAAUUGUUUAAAUGCAUGGUCCUGCAUUAUUUAAUCAAUGUAAGAUUCUGCAUACAUUAAAAAUGGAGACUGUUCAGUUUGUUUUUUUGAAGGGAAAGCUCUGGUGUUAUGAGUCUACAAAGUAUACUAGGAAGAGUACUUGAAAAAAUAGUGUUACCUGCCUUACACCUGAUUAAUCUGAAAUAUAGGUGUUGCUGUGUAGAUUCCACUCUGCUGCAAAUACAAUUUCUAUUUUUCAUGAAUGCACUUCUGUGUGUAUAUGGAGUUUUGUAUAUGUGUGCAAGUUUUGUAUACUAAAAGCUCUCAGUUCUAGGUAAAAAUAAUUAUCUCUGUUGUUCUCAGCAAUGUUUGUAAGCCUCUUCUAAUGUUUGAAACCUUCAGAGAAAUAGGAGCAUGGAGUUAAUAGAGUCAGCAGCACAACAUUU